AUGCGCAAGAACCCCGUGGAGCGCGCCAUGCCAAGGCGGACCUCGGAACUCGAGUCCACCGAGUGGAUCGACACCUUCAACCUCGCCGGUGAGGAGCUGAUCGCCUUCGUGUCCGAGCCCAGAAGCUCAAGGUGCCCGCCAAGAAGGACGGCCACAGCGAGCAGAUCGCAGAAGCGGCAGCAGAAAGCCGAGGAGAACCGCGCUCAGCACCUCAAGUUGGUGGUGGAGCAGAUGAGGAAUUCGUUCGUUGCAAGGACGGGCGAACUGCUGAUUGGAGAGCCGUUGGUGGCAGGGCCUGGCGACAUGAAGGCCGCCCUCGUCAAGCUCCUGCCGCAGCAGCUAGCCAAGAGCGCCACAAGUACGAACACCAGCCAGUCCGGGAAGUCGGGCUUGUGGGAGCUGGUGCAGGGGCUGCUUGCGGAGGAGUUCAAGCGCGAGAGGGAGCGGCUGGGACUCAAGCCCAAGAAAUACGUGCCUGGCAUGCGCUGCCCAUCACUUAGCUCGGCAAGCCCCAGCAGGUUGUCAGCAGGUCGACAACCCCAGCAGGUCGCAAGCAGGUCGCAAGCCCAGCAGGUCGACAAAGCCCAGCAGGUCGACAGCCCCAGCAGGUCGCAAGCCCCAGCAGGUCGACAAGCCCAGCAGCAGGUCGACAAGCCCCAGCAGGUCGACAAGCCCCAGCAGGUCGGCAAGAGGUCGCAACCAGCGGCGCAAGCCCAGCAGGUCGCAAGCUCCACCAGGUCGACAAGCCCCAGCAGGUCGCAAGCUCCAGCCAGGUCGACAAGCCCCAGCAGGUCGGCAAGGUCGACAAGCCCCAGCAGGUCGACAAGAGCAGCAGGUCGGCAAGCACCAGUCGACAAGCCCAGCAGGUCGACAAGCCCCAGCAGGUCGGCAAGCCCCAUCAGGUUCGGCAAGCCCAGCAGGUCGGACAAAGCCAGGUCGCAAGCAGGUCGACAAGCCUCCAGCAGGUCGACAAGCCCCAGCAGCCCCAGCGGCAAGCUCCAGCUAGGUCGCAAGCCCCAGCAGGUCGACAAGUCGGCAAGCCAGGUCGAACCAAGCCCACAGCAGGUCGACAAGCCCCAGCAGGUCGACAAGCUCCACCAGGUCGACAAGCUCCAGCAGGUCGACAAGCAGGUCGACAGCACCCCAGCAGGUCGGCAAGCUCCACCAGGUCGACAAGCCCCAGCAGGUCGGCAAGCCCCAGCAGGUUGCAAGCCCAGGCAACCUCCAGCAGGUCGACAAGCCCCAGCAGGUCAGGUCGGCAAGCUCCAACAGGUCGACAAGCCCCAGCAGGUCGACAACCCAGCAGGUCGGCAAGCUCCACAGGUCGACAAGCCCCAGCAGAGGUCGGCAAGCAGGUCGACAAGCCCCAGCAGGUCGACAAGCCCCAGCAGGUCGGCAAGCUCCACCAGGUCGACAAGCCCCAGCAGGUCGACAAGCCCCAGCAGGUUGCAAGCGACCAGGUCGACCAAGCCCCCCAGCCAGGUCGGCAAGCAAGCAGAGUCGACAAGCCCAGCAGGUAGGCAAGCCCCAGCAGGUCCAACCCAGCAGGUCGACAAGCUCGGCAACGCAAACAGCAAGCGCCCACAGGUCGGCAAGCUCACAGGUCGACAACCCCAAGCAGGUCGACAAGCCCCCAGCAAGCGUCGACAAAGCUCCAACCCAGGUCGGCAAGCUCCACCAGGUCGGCAAGCCCCCAGCAGGGUCGACAAGCCCCAGCAGGUUCGACCAAGCCCCAGCAGGUCGACAAAGCCCCAGCAGUCGGCAAGGCUCCAGCAGGUCGCACAAGCCCCAGCAGGUCGGCAAGCUCCACCAGGUCGGCAAGCCACCACCAAGUGCCCCCAGGCAGGUCGGUCGGCAAGCCCCAGCAGGUCGACAAGCCCCAGCAGCGUCGGCAAGCAGGUGCAAGCCCCAGCAUCGGCAAGCCCCAGCGUCGACAAGCAGCAGGUGGCAAGCCACAAAGCAGGUGGCAAGACAGGGUUCGGCAAGCCCCAGCAGUCGACAAGCCUCCAGCAGCGUCCUCAGAAACCGAGUCCACCGAGUGCGUUCGACUUCAACCUCGCCGAUGAGGAGCUGAUCGCCUUCGUGUCCGAUCCCAAGCAGCUCAAGGAGGACAUGAAGGAGACAAUCCUCCUCGAGCAGAAGCUCAAGUUACCCUCCAAGAAGGACGGCCACAGCGAGCAGAUCGGAAGAAAACUGCAGCAGAAGGCCCAGAAGAACCGCGCUCUCAGCACCUCAAGUUGGUUGUGGAGGCAGAUGAGAAGUCGUUCGUUGCAAGACGGCGAACUGCCGUUUGGAGAGCCGUUGUGGCAGGCCUGCCGCGCAGCAGCUAGCCCAGAGCGCCACAAGUUACGAACACCAGCCAGUCCGGGAAGUCGGGCUUGUGAAUGUUGCAGGGCUGCUUGCGGAGGGUUCAAGCGCGAGACGGAGUGGCUGGGACUCAAGCCCAAGAAAUACGUGCCUGGCAUGCAGCUGCCCAUCAUAGCAGGUGCCCAGCAGGUCGGCAAGCCCCCCAGCAGGUCGCGGAGCCCCAGCAGCAGGUCGACAAGCCCCCAGCAGGUCAAGCCCCAAGCAGUCAAGCCCCAGCAGGUCGACAAGCCCCAGCAGGUCGGCAAGAAGCCCCAGCAGGUCCGGAAAACCCCAGCAGGUCGGCAAGCUCCACCAGGUCGGCAAAGCCCAGCAGGUCGGCAAGCCCCAGCAGGUCGGCAAGCCCCAGCAGGACGGCAAGCCCAGCAGGUCGGCAAGCCCCAGCAGGUCCGCAGGCCCAGCAGGUCGACAAGCCCCAGCAGGUCGACAAGCCCCAGCAGGUCGACAAGCCCCAGCAGGUCGGCAAGCUCCACCAGGUUCAGCAGGUCGACAAGCCAGGUCGACAAGCCCCAGCAGGUCGACAAGCUCCACCAGGUCGACAAGCCCCAGCAGGUCAAGCAGGUCGGCAAGCCCAGCAGGUCGACAAGCCCCAACAAGUCGGCAAGCCAGCAGCAGGUCGACAAGCCCCAGCAGGUCGGGCCACCAGCUCGGCAAGCUCCCACCAGGUCGACAAGCCCCAGCAGGCGGCAAAGCAGGUCGGCAAGCCCCCAGCGUCGGCAAGCCCCACCAGGUACGACAAGCACACACAAGCAGGCAAGAGAGAAGCAGCCUGCCAACGCCAGCAGGUCGGCAAAAGCCCCAGCAGGUCGGCAAGCCCGCAGCAGGUCGGGAACAAGCCCCCAGCAGGUCGCCAAAGCCCCACCAGGUCGACAAUGCACACACAAGCAGGCAAAGAGAAGAGGCCAAACCCAGCAGGUCCGGCCUCAGCCACGCCAGCCCACAGCAGGUCGGCAAGCCCCAGCAGGUCGGCAAGCCCCCACCAGGUCGACAAGCCACACAGCAAGCAGGCAAAGAGAGGAAGCAGCCUGCCAAACCCAGCAGCCUGCCAAAGUCGGCAAGCCAGCAGGUCGGCAAGCCCCAGCAGGUCGCAAGCCCCAGCAGGUCCAAAGACCAGUCGGCAAGCACACACAGCAGGCAAAAGAGAGGAAGCAGCCUGCCAAACACCAGCAGGCGAGCAAGGAGAAGGAGGCCGCCCAGCUCAAGAAGGAGCAGAGCAGGAAGGGCAAGAAGCGUUACAGCUGA